GCGUCAAAAGCAGGUCGAGGUUUGGUACAACGAACGACUCAGAUCGAGUUUAAGGCACUCGAUCACGUCAUCGAUCCGCGUCAAUCAGAUCGAUUACCAGGCACUCGAUCUACCUUCAUCGAGUUUACCCCACUCGAUCCGCGUCACAACUGCUUCGCGGGUUCGGCAAUCAAACGACCUAGAUCGAGUUUAGGGUACUCGAUCGACGGCAGAGCGCGCCUGACAUCAUCGAUCCGCGUCAAUCAGAUCGAUUAACAAGGACUCGAUCUAUGUACAUCGAGUUUCCUACACUCAAUCCGCGUCAUCACUGCUUCGCGGGUUUAGCAACCGAACGGCCUAGAUCGCUUCCCGGUACAUCGAUCUAGGGUGGAACGCUGCCCAGGUCAUCGAUCCGGGUCCUGCUGUUCGAGUCUUCCAUCCUCGAUGCACGUGGAUCGAUUUGUUGGCAGUCGAUCCAUUACUAGUUCGAGUUUGUUGAACUCGAACCGUGUCAAAAUUUGGUAGUUUGAGAAUUUUUUAUAAAAGUUAUGUAUUCUGGGAAUUAUUUUUAAUUAUUACUGUAUUUAGGGAAUUAAUCCGGAAGAACAAGUGUUUCUUCCUUUUGCGUUCGUUUGUCUAGUUCUUUGUUUCUGGCAAAAACUAAAUAAGUUAAAGUGGAAGGAAUUAAAUGAAAAAUAAAAAAACAAACAGACAAACGACGAUGCUUUUUUGUUUGUGUGGGCAGUUGCCAUUUUGGGCCACCACUCAUUGGCCACUCGGUUUGACAGAGGAUUAGUAAGCCCAGUUAGUGCCACAUCAUAGUCUAGGUGGACCAAUCAGCAAGAGCGACACCAUAGUAUUGGCUUUGGUGCCACCUUCAUAAUUUGCGUGGCAUUAGUUUCACACAUUUUUCGAUAUAUUCAAAGAUCCGAAGUGAUAAAAUGAGGAAAUCUUAAGAAAGGAUUACAGAGAAAAGGGGAGUUUGCAUAACAGUUUCGAGGGGGUUCUUGACGGUGCGGAGCGGUUUUGGGGUGGUUACCGACGAGUGGUUGUCGUUGAUGGGGCGUUUCUCCAACGCCCCUUGCUCCGGUUCCAUUUUCCGGGUAAUCACGUAGUUGUGGGCAUCACCUACGCAAGUAUACAAAUCGUCGCAUGAGUCUAGGAGAGAAAGGUUAGGAGGGGAAGCGAUUAGUUUCGAUCUUUUCUCCGUUUCCCAUCGAUCUGGUUCCUUUGUUCGUGUGCUUCAGAAGCCAUGGGCAUCACCCACGCUCGAGGAGCGGAUGGAGGUUUGCUUCUUCUUCCUUCCUUCGGUUUCUGGUCGCCGUCGUGUCUUCGACGCUCAAGAAUUGAGGAUCUCGAUCGCAACCAUGAUUGAUAAUUCUAAGGAAGUCGUGGGUGUCCCCCACGCACACUCCCCUCCUAUUGAUGGGUGAUUACCUUUUUUGAGGGGUGGAUCUCUUCCUUCCAAAGCCUAUAUGCUUUUGUUCUUCACUUGUAGGAUGAAAAAGUUUUUUUUUCUUCUUCUUCAAGUAGUAUACUUGUUGUGGCGACUUUGCAGGGUUGAUUAUUCGGAUUUUCAUGCGGAUCUUUGGAAGACUUCUGCAACUCGAGCGGCUAUGGUGGACUUUGCUCAUUGCAUGGAUUAGGCUGUUCGGGUUGUUUUUGCGGGUGCCGUAGUUUGUACUUUUCUGGGUUCAAUGGUUUGUGUUCCAUGGUUACAGAGCGGCUCAUUUGGUGGCCACUCAGGCUCUAUUCUUGUCGCCUAAUUUGUUUGAUGUUGGACUUUGUUUCUUUGUUUCACAGUAGGCAUGAUUCUGUUGUAUGCAAGGGUCGACCCACUUUGACCCUGGUCCGGUGAGAAGAAUGGAUUGCACGUACCUGCUGGGUCGACCACUACAAGGUACCAGGUUAGAGGUCAAAUUGUGUCUUUUUUCUUUGGUUUGCGAAAUGCGUCUAUUUUCCGAUCUUUCUUUUCGCAUAACUCAAUCUUUGGAUUCCUAAAUUGAACAUUUGAAAAUUGAUGUUAUAUAAGUGUGUGUGAAUUUUCACUAUAUGUUGGAUCUAAGUACGAAAUGUUAUUUUGGUGUAAUACUAUAUGUUAUAACUCAUAUGUUAUAUGAGAUUUGAUAUAAUUUAUCAGGAGAAAAUACAAUAUAAUGACUCUUUACAUAUUUUCGGGCUAAACCGGACUAGACCGGGUGAUCCAUUAACUUUUGACCCACUAGCUCGACCGGGUUCGGAUCAACCCGCAGGUUGACAACCUUGGUUGUAUGCAUACAAAUCUUUGUUUGUUCCUUUUAGGUUAAAUGUCACAUUUGGUCACUAAAAUUACUAAAUCGUGUCAUGUUUAGUCACUAGAAAAUGUUAAUAUCAAUUUUGGUCAAUCGAAUUACUGGAACAUGUCACAUUUAGUCACUCUCCCGUUAGCCUCCGUCCAACUUCAGUCACUCGAAUUACUAAAACAUGUCACAUUUAGUCACUCUUCCAUUAGUUUCCGUCCAACUCCAUUAGAGUUGGACGGAAACUAAUGGAAGUUGGACGGAAACUAAUGGAAGAGUGACUAAAUGUGACCUGUUCCAGUAAUUCGAGUGACCAAAAUUGAUAUUAAUUUUUUUUAGUGACUACUAAUGACACGAUUUAGUAAUCUCAAUGACCAAAUGUGGCAUUUGCCCGUUCUUUUUAUUUAAGAGUGAUCUAAUGAAAAAAAAAAAAAUCUUAAGGGUGCUGUAGGCCCAAGCCCGCCAAAACUCCAAACCAAGCCCAAUAAUAUCCACAUCGUUCAUUUCACCGCUUUACCGACGGCUAGGCCAGAAGUUGCAGAUGCCGGAUAGUUCAUUAAUUUCGUAAGGGUCGGAACGAGAACCGAUUCGACCCGGCCCGCCUUCUCCGCCAUCUCAAUCCGCUGGAUCAGCAUUCAUUUCCGGUCAAGCGAAAAAGAAGCGCAGAAAAAAAAUCUGAGCUAUCACAAUUCACAAGCAAAGCUUGGUUGCUCCAGCCAUGGCGGCCUGCUUGCGAGUGCUCCCGGCGGCAUUCUCCACGCCGUCUUCCGCUGCAAAUUCGUCUUCUCUCCGGAGGAGGAGUUUGAAUAUUGGUUGCUCCGCCACGGGUUCCAAGAACUCGGCUAGAAUCCCUAUGCCGCCGAUUAAUCCCAACGAUCCUUUCCUCGCGAAGCUCGCCGCCGCCGCCGCCAAUUCUCCUGAACCGCUCGACACUCGUCCUUCCAGCUCCGACUCGCCGCCGUACCUCGACCUCUUUGACUCGCCCAAACUCAUGGCGACUCCCGCUCAAGUGGAGAGGUCGGUUUCUUACAACGAGCACAGGCCAAGAAAGCCACCGCCGGACUUGCCUUCGUUGCUGCUUCACGGGAGAAUAGUCUAUAUCGGGAUGCCUUUGGUACCGGCAGUCACAGAGCUCGUAGUUGCAGAAUUGAUGUACUUGCAGUGGGUGGAUCCUGAAGAACCAAUCUAUAUGUACAUAAAUUCCACAGGGACUACUCGUGAUGAUGGUGAAACAGUUGGGAUGGAGACGGAAGGUUUUGCCAUCUAUGAUUCGAUGAUGCAAAUGAAAAAUGAGAUACACACGGUUGCUGUUGGUGCUGCAAUUGGUCAGGCUUGUCUUUUGCUUGCUGCAGGAACAAAGGGAAGACGUUUUAUGAUGCCACAUGCCAAAGCAAUGAUUCAACAGCCGAAAGUCCCAUCGUCAGGUUUGAUGCCUGCUAGUGAUGUUUUAAUCCGUGCAAAAGAGGCUAUAAGUAACAGAGACACUCUGGUUGAGCUUUUGGCCAAACACACAGAAAACUCCGUGGAGACCGUGGCUAAUGUGAUGAGAAGACCAUUCUACAUGGACGCCAAACGAGCCAAAGAAUUUGGUGUCAUUGACAAAAUUCUAUGGCGCGGACAGGAAAAGAUAAUGUCGGACAUUUUGCCUCCAGAGGAAUGGGACAAGUUGGCUGGCAUCAAAAUCCCAGAUCCCUUCUAGUUACCGCAUUUCCGGUUCAAUUGUACUGGUUCUUGUUAUACUGUAAACAACUUCAAUUUUCUCAGCUUCCAUGGCCUCCAGAGCAUAUAAAAUCCUGGAGGUUUUAGCUCUCAAUAGAUGGCUACUAGUUUUCUGUCAGACUAGGGAAAGAAACAACACUUUGGUGAUGUGUAGCGCGUGGAAAUGAUAUCACUGGAUGGCCAUUGUUACUUAGAUUGAUAUGGCAGAUUCUUCUCUAAAUUUUGCGGUUGGUUAGUGUUUGAGCCUAGAAUGUUUCAGGCGAUUGUGUGCAGAGCAAGCAAGGCGUCUGUUCCGGAUGAAGGGUGCACUCCAACUCCUACAAAACAAGGGUCCGUGGGCGGUUCCCAGGACGCCCUCCAAUGCCUAAGUUAGAGAGAGAAUAAGAAGUGUUGUUUAGGUUUAGAUAGAGAGAGAGUAGUUGAGUUACCAUUAAUGUCGAUACCGGUCUAUUUAUAGUCAGCCAGCUUAGGUAUGAGGCAUUAAAUGCCUUGUCAGGCGGCCUAGACACGUUCGACUUUAUUUGGACCGCCUGCGGCGGGCAUUAAAUGUUCAGUCAUGCUGUGUACGAGGUAAGUAUCCUAGGAAGAUCUACUUUUCCUGACACCAAUGGUCUCCUGUGUCAGGCGGCCUACUUCCCGUCACUUCAUAGGGCGGCCGCCUGUGGUGUCUCUUUUCCCCAUGUCUCCUCGGGUCUCGCUCUUUGACUCGGUCCCUUUCUUGGGCUCAGCCUCUCUGUCUCCUCGUGGGCCUACGCGGGCCUCUUAGGCCCAAUACUACUUAACUAUGGGCCCAACAAUUGCCCUUUAGUCGUGAAAAGCUGCGGGUUUUGGCGGCUACAUGUUUGCUCAGCGAUAGUUAAGCGGUUCCGUGUUUAACAAACACCUGCCCUUUGC